AUUUGUGCGAUCUCCAGUGUCUCCAUGCACUAUUGAGAGACAUGGUGAAGAACGUUCGAACUUUUGUUGAUCUCCAGUUAAGUGAAAGAUUAUGUUGACGAGAUGACAACGAAAGUUAUAUACUUCACAGUAGGUGAACGGGGAGAGAGAGCGGAGUUUAAUGAUGAUUCUCCAGCUGACGAUGUCAAAGAUACGUUUCGCGCCGCAGCAGAAGCAGGCCCCAACGACAUACUCAAGCUAUACAACGCCAAAGGAAACAUUGUCAACAUAUCACCAAAGCUGGACCCCAACCCUCCGGACCAACCCUACAAGUUAGAGGUGGUUGCUACGCAAUGUACAGGGAAUAUAGGAACUCAUCUCGGAUUUGACAUUGAUGGACUGGAAAGCAGGCUCCAGCACUUGGAGAAGAAGAUGAUGUUGGAUGGGGGUGAGACGCCGUCGGUAGUCUACGACGUCCGCAACAAAGUCGAGCAGUUCCGCGAAAAACUUGAAAAUGUCGAACAUUUGUCUUGGCUGGGAUUGUUCAAGGAUAUAUCGUCCGGAACAUCGCUGGAUCCAUUCUGGAAUCGGCAAAACACGCAUCGCAAAAGCGCCGAGCACAAUCGACGGGUCUUCGAAAAGUACCUCAAAAUCACGAACAUACAGGUAACGGAUGAGGUGAAGAUGUAUCUGCGUAAGCCGACCUUCGACAACUGGCAGUGGGAGGAUGCUGAGAUGCUGGUGCUGCUACAGCAGAUGUACAUCGACCUUGACUUCACCACCAAGUUCAACAUAGAG